UGAUGCUUCCAUCUCUUUCGUGGUCCAACUCAGAUUUCUAAAUAUUUCAAUAUCCACCGAAACACCAGGCGAGCCAAAGAUAAGCGACAGAAGAAGUGAUUUGGUGUCCAUUGAGACUAUCAAGCCAAUGCCCACAUUUCCCUUUUACGCAGAAGCCAGACUUUUGAAUACUAAAUCAACACUUGGCUUGUAGUCGUCACACAAAAUGUCAAACCCGGAGCAAGGGCGCACAACGGCACCAGGCCAAGAAACUCUUUGGAAGCAUGCCCGACGUACUCUUGGGGACAAGUACUUUUCGUUUCUAAAAACAAUAACGGAUCCACCGCAGCCCACUGAGACAUCUGCUGGGCAGGUCCAAAAUGAUCCUAUGGUGGACCCACAGACCAAGGCCUAUGUUAGAAGACGCGACCAGAUCCGUCGAUCUCAGAGAACACACCGGGCUCGUACAGAACAGUACGUUCUUGGGUUGGAAUCAGAGGUUGGCCGACUUAGACUCGCGCAUGCAGACUGUGUGGCACUUGUUAAGUCUAUUCAUCAAAAGCUCGGCCAAUUUAUGCCGGAAUAUGCAUACGAGAGAACUGCCGCAGCUCAAAGUCAAGCUGCCACACAAAUACCGAGCCAACCCAAAAUUUCAGAACCGGGAGUCGCGAGCAACGGAUGGAAUUCAGAGUCCACUUCAUGUUUACACGAAAAAGGGCAGUUUCCAAAUACGCAACAAGUACGACGUAUAACCGAUGCACUGCUAAGCUCGGAAGUUGGUCUUGAAUUUGUCAUGAGGCUCGAAACACCAUGCUUGCAGUACGUACGUGAAGAUUUAGCUUCCCAAGAUUUAUCUGCCUCGCCGGAUACUUGCCAGCCCUCCUCAGAUGCAGGCUGUGCUAUGCGCAGAAAACUUGCCCGCGAGGCUAACCCACUUGCUGCAACUCCGGUUGGUGCCAGCGCCGAACGGCUAUUGGCAUUGAGCUCAAGACUUGACCUCGGGGAAGGUCUCAUUACGCCUAUCCAAGCGUGGGACAAAAUGAAGGCUCAUCCGCUGGCGCAUUUACUCUCAUCUGAUAAAAUAUACAAUAUCAUAGCGAAGUCGCAGUCAAUCACAAGUUGCCAUAGGCAUGGCGCUGCCUUGGAUAGCCAGAAGUUUGAAGAGCUUUUGAACCACAUAUUGCGUUGAAUAUUGCCAACCGCAAAGUUCAUUUAGUUCCUGGUCAAAAUGCCUCAAGGACAGCCCUAUGGCUUUCCUGGGCAUUGAAUUACUAUUUCUGAGGUCUACUGAGGUAAUUCCCACCUGCCACUUUCUAUAUAGCUCUUGAUUCCAUCGAGUUCCCGAACACCCUUCCAAAGAGCCCACAAAUGAGGAUAAUUUUCUUCCGUAAUCAACUCUGGUGGUGACGGGAGCCAUUUCGUGAUGAAUCGGUUGAGCCAAGUGAAUGAGUAAAUGUCUGGGAGAUGAGGCUGCGCACUCAGAUUAGCAAUGUAACUAUGAUCAGUAAUAUGAAAAAAAAAUGGAACAUGCUCAUACACGAG